AUGAAUUUGCUCAGUACCCUAGCUAGUGGGAUCACCAAACAUGGACUGAAAGAGCCCAUCGCGGUCGCCGAAAAGGGACUUUAUUCACCAACGUUAUUAAAAAGUGACAAAGAAAGAAGUUGGCGUGCAGCGACACCGUUUAAGAAAAAGACAACAACUGAGCACAGUUCUUCCGCUCAGAAGCUACGAAUGGUAGGAAGAGGGUCAUUUUUUGAAAGACAGACUGCCCAAGAGUUUUUGAAACCUUACGCAGCUCAUCAGUUCGCCAGACAUACAGUUGAGCCAUCCUACGAUGUAGAUUAUGCUAAGGCCAACUACACUGCACUUAAGAAAUUAAAGACCUCCAAAAAGUCAGAAAUGCUACUCUUUAACGCGUCGAAAGGCUACGUCGAAGAAAUGAUUCCGCUGCUAGUCCUGUUAACGCCUCGAGAAGCUACCAUGAGUACUGCGAAAAGACGUUUCCGCAGCGAAGUGUUCACUGAGAUUCCGCCUAUUCCGGAUUUUGCCAAGCAGCCUAAAACUUUCGGCACUUACAUCGCUACCUUAACCCACUCGCGAUUCUACUAUAAGAAAUCGACCAUGCUGAAUGGUGUUAUCCCCAAAAUUCUUCGCAACCUCAUUCAUCCUUCUAAUUUCAAGACGAUAGAACUACGAAAUGUUGAUGUUUUUAAUGAUGUGAUCUUUUUCUUCAGUGAACGUAGCGACUACGCCACAUGCAGGGAGCUCUUCGCUCAAAUGAAGCUAGAGAAUGUCACUCCAAAUACGAAAACCUUAAAUCUCAUGCUCCGAAAUGUUUUAAAAAAGUCUCAUAUCAGAAGCGUGAAAAAUCCACUUAGCGAAGCACUGUAUUAUUUACGUCAGAUGCAGCAUCAUGACAUACAGGCAGAUGCGGUGACAUGGACCACCUGUUAUAAUCUGUUGAUGGAAAGUCUUUCUCGUGGAGUCUUUCUUGAGAAACUAUUGGAGCGCGGGGUUCCUAUAACCCCCCCACUAGUUCUGGCCAUUCUAAGAUCUGAGGAUCUCAAUUCGUCCCAACUCUUACGUUUUCUCACGAGUAAUUAUGUGCCGCUCGAUACGAAGCUUUUCAACUUUUGCUUGAAAACACUAUUGAUUGAGAAGAAGUACGACACCGCAUGGGCAUUUGUUGACCAUGCUCACAAAAAUGCUGCAUUCAAAUUAAAUCAUGAGUGCUUAAACGUCUUUUUAAGGCAUUUCGCUGAAAAGGGAAGGCUAGAUUUGGCACUUUUAACAUUCAAUUCUGCCAUCACUACGUAUGGUAUCACAACGAAUUUGCAUUCAUUCGACAUGCUAGCGAAGGCGCUUUCAAGAAAUGGGUAUACCAGAAAUUUCCCGCUGGUGCUGGAGCACUUGCGCAAAUCGAAACGAGCCUACACAGAUGAAGUUCAAGUCUUCAGUUACUGGCUUUCUAAAGCCCAAGCUAUCUCAAAGUUCAACAUCCAACGCCAAGUGACAGAUGGUGACCUUGAGCGAACCCGAGCUAUCUUACAAAAUGCAAGGUGGGAUUCGAAAGGCAUGAGAUGGGAUUGCUGGAAUGAUUGCUCCCCUUCGCUACGAAAGGUUUUCAGAUUUUUAGGAUGCGUUCCACAAGAUAUAAAAGCAAAACCGAAAAAGGCUAGAUUUACAACGGGCCAGGUUUCAUCUGAGAAGAAGCACAAAUAUAAAAGCAGAGUGAGGAUGCUGGCUGUCCGUCAUGCUAUGCUGAAAAGAGUGCCGUACGCGGAGGACCGUUAUGCGGCUCUUAAAAAAGAACUUCAAGAGAGAAGAAUCAUUGAAUAA